GCAAUCUUCGUGUCCGGUUGGAGUCGUCUCGUGCACGUUGAAGCUUCUCGGCCUAGCCUAGCUUAGCUUAUUUUAGCUUAUCUGGCUAACAAAGAGACACGUUUGUGAGCAACACUUCGCUCAGCAGAGAUCAAGCGUCAGAGCGGAAAGUGUUGCGAUCGUCGUGUGAAAAUGUGUGCAAGGACAGCAGAGUACGAGGAGGAACUUUGUGGCCCAAAAGAGGAGAAGGAGCCACAACGUCAACUACUGGACGCUGCGUUCAAUCUGCAGCCUCGAAUUGUGCUACGCAGAGCAGACGUCAGUGAAAAUCUUCAUCCUGAGCGGCAGCAGUCAGUGUCCCCUCACAUCAAAGAGGAAGAGGAGGAUGAAGAGGUUCAACACAUCAAAGAGGAGGAGGAAGAGUUCCUUCACAUGAAAGAGGAAGAGCAGGAGGAAAUCAUCAAGGUUCCAUCGACUGGUGUCCCUUUGAAGAGUGAAGAUGAAGGUCGAAGUGAGGAGAGACGAGGGGCGGAGCCACCAAACAGCAACAUCUCAAGUGAUGGAAACCACUGUGGAGGAUCACAAACAGACGGUGAUGAUGAUGAUGAUGUUGAUGAACAGUUGGAAGGUGAUAUGACAUGUCACACUACCAAUAAAUGCUGGAAAUGUUCUAAAUGUAGGAAAACCUUUGCUUCUAAGAGCAAUUUCAAACGACACAUGAAAAUACACACUGGUGAGAAACCUUUUGCAUGCUCAGUUUGCGGUCAAAGAUUCUCCCGAAAGGGAAGCUUAAAAAUACACACAAGAACGCACACUGGUGAGAAACCUUUUGCCUGCUCAGUUUGUGGUCAAAGAUUCUCCCGAAAGGGAAGCUUAAAAAUACACACAAGAACGCACACUGGUGAGAAACCUUUUGCAUGCUCAGUUUGCGGUCAAAGAUUCUCCCGAAAGGAAAGGUUAAAAAUACACACAAGAACGCACACUGGUGAGAAACCUUUUGCAUGCUCAGUUUGUGGUCAAAGGUUCUCUCAGAAGCAACACUUAAAAAUACACACAAAAACACACACUGGUGAAAAACCUUUUGCAUGCUCAGUUUGUGGUCAAAGAUUCUCCCGAAAGGAAAGCUUAAAAAUACACACAAGAACCCACACUGGUGAGAAACCUUUUGGAUGCUCAGUUUGUGGUCAAAGAUUCACACAGAAGGGAUACUUAAAAAUGCACACAAGAACCCACACUGGUGAGAAACCUUUUGUAUGCUCAGUUUGUGGGAAAGGAUUCCCUCACAAGCGACAUUUGACAGGUCACACAAGAACCCACACUGGUGAGAAACCUUUUUCCUGCUCAGUUUGUGGUCAAAGGUUCUCUGUGAAGAGUAACUUAAAAAUACACACAAGAACACACGCCGGUGAGAAGCCUUUUGCAUGCUCAGUUUGUGGUCAAAGAUUCUCCCAAAAGGAAAGCUUAAAAAUACACACUAGAACGCACACUGGUGAGAAACCUUUUGCAUGCUCAGUUUGUGGUCAAAGAUUCUCCCAAAAGGGAACCUUAAAAAUACACACUAGAAUGCACACUGGUGAGAAACCUUUUGCCUGCUCAGUUUGUGGUCAAAGAUUCUCCCAAAAGGGAAGUUUAAUAACACACACAAGAACACACACUGGUGAGAAGCCUUUUGGAUGCUCAGUUUGUGGUCAAAGAUUCACGCAGAAGGGCUACUUAAAAAUGCACACAAGUACACACACUGGUGAGAAACCUUUUUCCUGCUCAGGUUGUGGUCAAAGGUUCUCUCGUAAGGCUCGGGUUAAGACACACAAGUGUCCUGGUGAGACAAGCAGUGAUCAAGAAGCUUUUAAUGCAAAUGUAAAUGUUUAAUAUAAAAGUAAUUACUAUGUUACUGACAGAAAUCGACAUGCUUGUAUUCUGUGUACCAGCUUUUAUUGUAUGUAUCUUCUUCUUGUCCAUAUAGUUUCUAAAAGCCCCGUGAGUGUUGAGAAUGAACACUGUUGCCAAAAUACUUAAAAGGGACGAGUUAAAGGUGGUGGGAAAGAGGGUCGUCCAGUGACCGAAGGGUCGCCGGUUCGAACCCUGGCUCCGACUGUCCGUAUGUGGAAGUGUCCUUGGGCAAGACACCGAACCCUAAUUUGCUCCCAGUGAGCCUGGCAGCGCCUUGCACGGCAGCAGCCGCCCAGUGGUCUAUGAAUAUGUGUGUGAAUGGGUGAAUGUGAGGCUUAAUAGAGCGCUUUGGGCACUGUGAUCGUGAAGAUGAAGCGUUACAUAAGUGCAGUCCAUUUGCCAUUUAGCAAAGGUGAGAACAUGGACACUUAUUCCAUGGUGCUGGACUUAUAAAUGUCUACAGGAAAAAAAUGCCUCCAAAAUAAACUCGGUCGUAAUUUGCUAAAAUCAUUGAGGUUCAUUUUUUUCUCCUCCUUAAUGUACACACAGCACCCCAUAUUGACAGAAAAAAGCGGAAUUGUUGAAAUUUUUGCAGAUUUAUUAAAAAAGAAUAACUGAAAUAUCACACAGCCAUAAGAAUUCCGACCCUUUGCUCAAUAUUUAGUAGAAGCGCCCUUUUGAGCGAAUACAGCCAUGAGUCUUUUUGGGAAUGAUGCAACAAGUUUUUCACACCUGGAUUUCCUCAUCAAGUCCGAUCAGUAUAAUCUAACACAGCUGGACUCCGAUGAAGGUGUAGAACCAUUUGAAGGAUGAUCAGAAGAAAUGGACAGCACCCGAGUUCAAUAUAUGAGUGUCACAGCAAAGGGUCGGAAUACUUAUGGCUGUGUGAAAAAUCUGCAAAAAUUUCAACCAUUAUUUUUUUUUCUGUCAAUAUGGGGUUCUGUGUGUACAUUAAGGAGGAGAAGAAUUAUGUGAUUUUAGCAAAUGGCUGCAAGAUAACACAGAGUGAAAAAUUUAAGGGGGUCCGAAUACUUUCCGUACCCACUGUAUGUAUGUAUGUAUCGAUCAAAUACAUGUAUAGAUCACAAAUUUGUUUCUGCAGAUGGCAUUGUGUGACAGAUGUGGACUGUCAUAAUGUCGGACGACCCAAAACGAAGGUCUCCUGUCCCGAAACUGCGGCUGAUCUGAUUUGAUAUGAUCUGAUCCAUAAAAGCUCAAAUAUUGGGCUGAUCAUAAUAGUUUGUCAUGAGAAGCACAUACAAUUCGUGAUUGAACAUCAUUUCGGAGUACGAGCUGUUGUUCAUGUGAUGCAAUGAUAUAUGACAGCAAUGUAAGAUAUCCAACGUAAUACCAGCUUGAACAAGGCGGUGUUUGGAAACUCCAGCAAUUUCCUGAAAAGUUGUCAUUUUGAAGGUGAGGGGAUUCCACCUGACAGCUGCGAUAUACAAAUAUGACCAAUUACUGCCACUUCAUCGUACGGUACAUUCCUUUUCCCACACCAGCUAUGCCAGUGCUUUUCAAUUUUCAAUUUUGUUGAUGAAAAAGGGGUGUUCGAAAGGGAAUUAGUUAUUUACCAAUUGCUCCAAAAUGUAUUGAUAUUAUUGGAAAUGAGUGCCAGUUUCAUUUUCUUGAGCAUGCAUGCAUUUUGUCCAAUGUUUUAGUGACGUCAAUAUCAAAUAAGUGAACGAUUGAUUGAAAUAGACUGUAAAAAAAAACCCUGACUUUUGGUGCUAAACUGUAACGUGUAUAUGUGAUACUGAAUAAAGUAGACUGCUUAAAA